AUGGUGCCCUCUCGUCGCUUGCUAGUCUUCCUCAUCACUCUCAACCUGACUGGCGUUCUAGACAUGCAGCCAGCCCAUGAGUCUCUGAAGCCACAGAGAGUGCAUUUUCAGUCCCGAAAUUUUUACAACAUUUUGCACUGGCAGCCUGGGCAGGCCUGCUCCAGCAACGGCAGCCUCUAUUUUGUGCAGUAUAAAACGUAUGGAGAAGCAAAAUGGAAAAAUAAAGAGAAUUGUUGGGCUACUCAAGACUUAUUUUGUGACUUUACCAAUGAAAUGUCAAAUAUACAGGAUGCUUAUUAUGCAAGGGUGAUGACGAACUCAACUGGGAUCAACUCAAGCUGGGCCAUGACCAAGAGGUUCAUCCCUUGGUGGGAAACCAAAAUAGAUCCUCCAGUCAUAAAUAUAACCCAAGUUAACAGAUCUUUGUUGGUGAUUCUCCGUGCUCCAAAUUCACCAUAUAGAGACCCAAAAGGGGAAACUGUAAGCAUGGAAAAUUACUAUGAGCUAGUAUACCGAAUCUUUAUAAUGAAGAACUCACUACAAAAGGAACAAAAGGUAUAUGAAGGUGCUCACAGAGUUGUUAAAAUUGAAGCUCUAACACCUGGCGCUGGCUACUGUGUAAGGGCUGAAAUAUACCAGCCCUUGUUUGACAGAGGAAGUCAGAGAAGUGAAGAGAGAUGUGUGCAGAUCCCUUGA